AUGGCUAAAAGGUUUGAAUGGCUUGACGAUGCCAUCAAAAAUAAUCAAAUUAUCCAAUAUGAUUAUAAUACAUUUAAUGAUAUAAUACCUAUCGGACGCGGAUCAUCCGGAGAUGUUUUUAGUGCAAUAUCCCCUGAAUUUAAAAACAGAGUUGCCUUAAAAUCUAUUAAAAUCAAUCCUUCUUAUACAAUAGAAUUACUAAUUAACGAGCUCAAACAACAUAUUCAUAUUGAUUCACAUAAUAACGAUAAUAUUCUAACAUUCUACGGAAUAUCCAAAAAUGGUGAUAAAAAUUAA